AUGGACAGCUUUAUCCACGUUCCCGGCUGGUCGCAGCAUCUUUCGCAUCGGCCAUCUUCGGGGCGCCCGUUGAGUGGCCAUUUCCGCUCCCUUUCUUCCGUCUCGGCUACCAAACCGACACCGCCAUCUCCCUCUCUCAAGCAACCCCUCAAGUCGUUCAAAUCAACCUCGCAACUUCCCAAAAUAUCCCUUCCUGCUACCUUCCUCGACGAUGAAAUGAGUACUCUUCCCGACCCGCGAAGUCGGCGUGUCAGCAACGCCGAGGACCAAGAAAUUGAAGCGAGUUCUCCAAGUCAUCAUCCCGACCUCAGCGACGAAAUCGCCACCCUGAGCACAAAACUCAUCAACGCCAUCAACCACCAGACCGCACUCGAUGACACCCUCAGCGCCACCCGCCAAGAGCUGCAGACUGCAUACGGGCGCAUACGCGAGCUGCAACAACAAAAUGAGACGCAGCGCGAAAUGAUGGCCGGCGAUGUCUGGAUUCGCAAAUCUACUGUCGAAUCCGAGAAACGCAUCAUGAAGCUCAAAAUUGACAAUGAAGUCUCCAAACGUUUAGAUACCGAGGCCGCCAAGAAGAAAAUUGAGCAGGAGCUCGAGACCUUGACCACGGCCCUCUUCGAGGAGGCCAAUAAAAUGGUCAUCCUUGCCAAGGAGGAGUCCAAGGAUCGAGAAGACGCUGUUCAGCGCAAGAAUGACCUGCUAAAAGCCCAGCUCCAAGAAUCCCAAGUUUUGCUAGAAAACCAACAGACCCAAUUGGCCGAGCUCAAGCGCGUCAUGGAAACACUGUCCUCUCACGACGAUCAACAAACAAACACCACCGCUCCAUCCUCGCCGGGUCUCUCCAGACUAGACACCAUUGCCAGCGACCGCCUGCCGCCUCCCGAUUCCGCCACGGCCUCCCCGCUGCCCGAUUCCUUCGCCCCCGCACCCCCUACGAGCUUCCAACACCUUAUUCUUCCAGUCCUGCGCCAUGAUCUCGGUGCCUAUGAUGAUUUCAUUAAUCUGGCGCAUCAGUCCCACAAGCGAACUAGUAGUCGAAUCUCUUCCGGCUCCAUGGGUGGUCUGACUGCGCUUGGUCUCGGACUGGCUGGCUCUACCUCGAGCGGUCACAUUUCGAACGCUUCCACCUCAUCGCUCCCCCAUCCGGCUUCUGCGGGUAGUGGCCCUUCAUCACCCAACACCCCCGCUUCCUCGACUCAAGGAACGCCGAAUCAGCAACUUCCAAUUCCAGCGCUCAAGGAAACGAAAUUCUACAAGCGCGUCGUUGUCGAAGACAUUGAGCCCACGCUGCGACUCGAUUCUGCCCCUGGUCUGUCAUGGCUGGCUCGGCGCAGCGUCUUGACUGCUGUUACGGACGGCAGUCUCGUCGUUGAGCCAGUUCCCACCAAUGUUACUUAUGCACCCGCAGCCCGACCGCAGCUCUUCCCAUGCGCCCUGUGUGGCGAAGCUCGCAAAGAGGAGCAAUAUUUGCGCAACCACCGCUUUCGCACUAGCGAAUCGCCUUCUGCGCAACGAUAUCCUCUCUGCAAUUAUUGCCUCGCCCGUGUACGCUCGACUUGCGGCUUCCUGGGCUUCCUACGCAUGGUCAAGGAUGGCCACUGGCGCGCCGACAACGAGGACCACGAAAAGACGGCUUGGGAAGAAAGCGUGCGAUUGCGCGAGCAAAUGUUUUGGUCCCGCAUAGGCGGUGGCGUCAUUCCAGCUUCGCAAGCAGACUCGACGAAUGAUGAAGAGGGCCAGGCUUCCGUCGACAAAGUCCUCUCCACUACAUUAGCAGUGCCCGCCAUCUCGCCGGUCAAUGGCCAGGCGGAGAAGGGUAUUACUGAGAGCAAACCCGUAUUCGACCACAAGUCACCCGCUCGAGAGCCUCGCACCCCGCCGGAGCAGACGGAUACACCGACACCUGCCGACAUGUACAGCGAAGAGCCCGAGCUACGCAAAGACGCUGAUGUAGAAGCAGUGGCUCAGCAGCCUGUCAUUGCCGAAAAUUAA